CCGUGCCGGGCUGCCAUGGAGGUGUGCGAGAGCGGCGAGCAGCCGCCGCUGCUGCUGCACUGGGACCGCAAGCUGAGCGAGCUGUGCGAGCCCGCCGACCCCGAGGCUCUGCUGGGCCACACGCACUUCACAGAGUUCCUGGAUGAGUUUUCAUCAGAUGUCCUAGGCCAGCUCUUGAAUGAUCCUUUCUUAUCUGAGAAGAAUGAAGUAAUGGAAGUGGAAUUGUCUCCGGCUUCCCCAGCGCCGCUCAUCCAGGCAGAGCACAGCUACUCCCUGUGUGGGGACUCUCGGCCCCAGUCGCCCCUGACCCACAUCUCCACCGAUGACAACUUCACCGAAGGUGAUCUGGAAAAUGAGGAAUGGUGCCUGGGCUCCGAGCUGGCUCCAGCUGCCAUAAAGACGGAGGCGGUGUUGGAUGAGACAGCCGGCCUUACUCCCUCUGUGAGCCUCACUGUCACGGCCACGGCGCUGGAGGGGGAGCAACCUGAGCUGCACACUGAUGCCCUGAUGAAACCACYGAACCAGAAAGCUCUUCCAGAGAUUAAAUUGGAGCCCCAUGAAGUGGAUCAGUUCCUGAACCUGUCUUCUAAGGAAGCAGUGGAUCCUCUGCAUUUGCCCCCGACCCCUCCCAGCAGCCACGGCAGUGACUCUGAAGGUGGGCAGAGCCCAGCCAGGUCUCUCCCUCCAUCAAGCCCAAUCCAGCUACAGGCCACAGCCAAAGUGACUUCACGUGCAGCUUCAGCGCUCUCCAAUUCCCCUCUCCUGACUGCACCUCACAAAUUGCAGGGGACCGGCCCGCUCAUCUUGACAGAGGAGGAGAAGAGGACACUGAUAGCAGAGGGGUACCCAAUCCCUACCAAACUGCCCCUGACAAAAGCAGAGGAAAAAGUGCUGAAGAAAAUCCGCAGGAAAAUAAAGAACAAGAUUUCUGCUCAGGAGAGUAGAAGAAAAAAGAAAGAAUACAUGGACAGCCUGGAAAAAAAAGUUGAGACCUGCUCAAAUGAAAAUACUGAGCUACGUAAGAAGGUCGAAGUCCUGGAGAAUACUAACAGGACGCUGCUGCAGCAGCUGCAGAGACUGCAGGCCGCCGUGGCCGGCAAGGUGACGCGCUCGUGCAAGGCGGCCAGCACCCAGACCGGGACCUGCCUCAUGAUGGUGGUGCUCUGCUUCGCCGUGGUGUUCGGCGGCGUCUCUCAGAGCUACGGGCCCUACCCGUCGGCCACCAAGCUGGCGCUGCCCCGGCAGCCGCCCUCGCCCGAGCCCUACACGGACGCCGUUGUGAGGUCGAGGAGUCUGCUGCUUUACGAGGAGCCUCCCCCGCUGGAGGAGCCGUCCAGCCCCAUGGCCCUGGCCGAGCGCGGCGACCGGGGCGCAGACGCCGCCAAGUUGGCAGCGCUGGCCCUGGAAGGCGGCCCGGGCGGCCAGCGGGACGAUAUCAUGCAGGUGACCAUCGCCAACGAGACGAGGCUGGAGAAGGCCCUGCUGCUGGGCCUGCAGCCGCGCAGGGUCAGCUCAGAACUAGAAGGAAAUGAAACACUGAAGAUAAUUGAAAUAGACAGAAGAGUCAAUGCCACCUCUUAAAAAAACAAGGCCUUUUUUUCUUCACUUCCUCCUUUCCCCCGAUAUUUUCUACCAAAGGUGCCCCCUUCCCCACCCCGACCUGUCACCCUCAGUGAACCAAAGCACAAACGAGAGGGAGUCACUGCCUGGCGCGCUGUGACUGCGGCUGGGGUCGCUUGUCCUUGCAACCCCUUCCCUCACCUAACACACGAGCCCUGUCGCUUUUAUUCCUUUCCUGUCGGAUGCUGCAAGGACAGGGAUGAGUUUUGGUGGCAGAUGAUGCCAGCGGAGCGCUGAUGCUUGAGCUGUGUGUGUGCUGGCACGUAUGCCAACCUGCGCGCAAAGACACGCUGCCGAGGAGCGGGGUGUGCCAAGGCAGCGGGAGCGCGUGGGUGAGGGGUUAUUUGGGAAGAAGGAGUGAAGAGGAAGGGGAGGUGAGGCGCGACGCUGCUCAGAACCAGGCCUUUGCACUUGAAGCCUUUGAGGGGAGCGAGAGUCACGUUCACAGGCUGCCUUUGGCGGCACAAGGAUCAACAGCACCGGCAGGGGAGGGAUGCGCGGUGAGUGCUGGAUGCUCCUCUCCCAACUCUUUCUCUUUUCCCCCUUCAGCCCUUCAUCCUUAAGCGGGUUGUUAGGUUUCUCCUUGGGUUGGAAGCAGUCCUGGRAGGUUUCCCUACUGCUGCUCCAUCCCUGUGGAAUUCAAGCAAAGAUCAGUCACUGUCUUGUCACACUUUCCCUGUGUGGGAGAAUUACACCAGUUUAAGCAAAUCUGUUUAGAAAGCAGGUUUUGUUACGGUUAUGCAAUGGUUUGGGUGGGUGUCCUUUAGUCUGCUUCAGGCUAAUCUGUUUUGCUUAAAUCAAUUCCUUGCCAACAUGAACGAAAUCAAUGUAAGACUUAAAAUAGAAGUGCCUCGUGAGAAGACUGUAUGGGUUUAAUUUAUUGGCUUCUAGAUGCAUCGAAGGAAUUUCUUAUGUAGACCUGGUGUCAGGUUGUUCUGUGUUCCCCUUUCCCCACCACCCUCCUGUCACUGUUGUAAAUAGUAUUUAUUAGCCUUGCAAGAUUUCRUUCAAGCAGCUGCAGUGAGAAUAGAGCUUUCCUAACCCUGCAAGUGAUCCAGGCAACUCUGAGGCUGGWUAUGCACAAAUCAGUGACCACCUCUCCCUCCCCAAGCUUGAAUUCCCCAAGUAAAUGUUAGAAAGUCAUGAGUCUCUUCUUGCUGUUGUCUCCUUUUCCAGAGACACAAAGUCUUAGAAGAGCCACGUAGCCAAAAUGAUAGGGGGAUGUGUAGCCCUGGCAAGGUGCUAGGUGCCCAACACCUUUAUGGCAAGACAGUCCCUGGCCUGAGAAGCUGAGUAGGCAGCAGACAAGACAGAAGAGGGAUGGGAGAGGCACAUGGGAGAUGGAGUGACUGGCCCCAGAUCCGUGGAGAAGCCAAAAGUGAUAUUCAAGUGUGAUCCUGGUCCAGCACUUCUUACUCUCUGACCUUUCUUGCAGGCACCGUUUGGGCCCUUGUAGCUGGUGCCUGUGGGGUUUCUGCCUUUCUCUGUACCCUGCCAUGCCUUGUCCCAGCCCUGCCUCUGCUCACAGUCAAACCUGCCCAGCAUUUCCAGCAGGUUUUAUCUCAUUGCACCAGGAGGGCACUCAGGCUCCCACAGUGAAUGGGUUUCAUGUGAAAACCCUAAUUCCACAGGCUAAUGUGGCCGCUUUGAAGUUUACCAGAAAAAUGCAAUUAAAAAUCUUUUUGACUUGCCUUGCUUUCUUUUCAUGAUAAGGGAAAAACUAAUCUAGCCUUACAAGUUGUUUUUUACGUGUACAGUAGAUAUUUCCUGCAGGUAUUCCAUUUUGUAAAAUACUAGAUUUGUAUUUUAUUAUAGCUACUGGCACCCUCGCUCCCCUCUUAAUCUUUAUUCUUCCUUCUUACAUUUCCUUCCUUUGCUGUCCUGUUUGUUGCCUCUGUGAUCUGAGUCAAAACUGAGUGAAAUGAAUGGAAAGAGUCCAGUAGAUUAGUCGGCUUUGGAUCAGUCCCCACGGUGCUGUUUUAGGAAGGUCUUUCACACCAGUGAGUGGAGCAUGUGCCUGAUUCCAGGAGCUACUAAGGAGUUUUGGUGUGCAGACCUGCCCGUACAGUUAUACAAGUGCCUUAUUAUUUUCCCGUUGGGAGCGAUGAGAGGAGAAAUGCCACUGGAGGCCGUCUCACAAGAGUUCCCUUCUCAGCAUGGGUCGGUGUCCUCCCUUGGUUUCUCUCUUCUGCAGUGGCUCUGUCAGAUCCUCUGCAUCGUUUCAUUUUUUUUUUUAAGCAUUAUUUAUUAGUGAUGAACACAAGUUGCUGUGGUGGAGCGUGAGACACAGGGGAUGGCAACGUUGUUUGACCACAUGAGGUCAGCAAAGGCAAAGGAGAAAGCCGGGACUGACCCUCUGGCUACCAUACAGCAAGCCAGUGUGAGUGGCCAUGGCCAUGAAAUUAAACAGUCUUUUUUUGUUUYGUUUUUGUUUUUCAGAGCACCCAGUUUGUUGUCUCUGGGUAGAACUGCGCAGGCUUCAGACUUUUGCAAAGAGGCCCAGGUUGCCAGGCUCAAGCCAGCCCUCGCUGCCCUGCUGCUUGUGCUGUGCAGAAGCAGGAGGCCAGUCCCCCUGGGCUCGUGUUCCUUACCCAGUUUAGCYUGUAACUGGUUCAUGUCCCAUUCCUUGCAGAGCUCCAACUAACCCCAUGGUGUUAAAAACACAYCUGAAUUACUUCCCAGCGCUCUUAAGGACAGGCAAUAUGACCUCCCCGAAGCAAAACAAAAACCCACCUCCCUCCCUGAACCCCACUGCUGUAGUCGCCAUCAAAGCUCUGCCUUUUCUUUGCUUCAUUUGGACAUACGAGUUGAGCUCUGACUGGGGAAGCCCUAUUUUCAGCUGAGGCAUUUCACAUUGGCUGCUGUCUGGGUCAGCCUCUGAAUGAAGUCAUUUGAACCUGUAUGGCAAUGUUGAUAUUUUUGUUACUGUUUGCUAAUCUAGUCCUAUAAUCUUAUUUUUUCUCAUCCUUUAUAUUAUUUUAUGGUACUCUUUUGGGAUUGCUUGCUGUAGCAUACACAAGGUUUGGGGGUCUAUUUUUAUUAAAUAUAAUUUCUUCAUAAUAUGGAAUUGCCUGUUUUAUUAUGGUACGUUUGCGAUCAUCUUUCUUUAGGGCUUUUAACAGAACUGGCUUCUCUUUGACUCUAGAGCCAAAGUAUCUCCAGUUUGCCUAUCCCCAGGUYUUUAUGCAACGAGGACCUCUUGGUCUCCCAGAUGGAAGAGGCGGGACCCGGGGGUGUCGGAAGCACUGGGCCCACGUGGGACGGCAGCGCCGGGGGCUCCAUGCUCAGUGUGCAGGAGGAGCAGGGAGAGGCAUCAUGUAAGGAUCCUGCAUUAAGURCUCUUAAAUAGCUCGGCUGGGUUGCUCCAGGUCUCAGCCUUCCGCCUUGGAGCUUUUCCAGUGGUCGGGAACUCGGUGCUGUAGCGUGGCCUUGAUGUACACGCASGAUAGGAAAAGGCCUCCCGCGCUGCUUAAGUGCCGCCUCUGCUACAGGACUUAAAUGAUCCGUAAUGUCUUCAGCUCUUCCCAGGUGCUGGGCCCCAGCAUGGUUUUUCGCUGCUGGUGAACUUUGUUUCCCAUUCAGACGUGUCUAGAUCUUUUAGCUCUUUGCUUCUAGAGAGAUAAGCUACAAAGGAACAUAGGGCAUUAUUUUUUAUAUAUAUAUGUAUUUAAAAGUAUCAAGCACAGGGCACAUGGCAAUUCUAACCUUGUUACCAGUGUGUAGAUAAUGUAUUUUUGCUAGGCUAUUUAUAGUUCUUUGCUGCACUUCUCUUGUUUCAUCCGUACCAUUCCGUAUUUUGGGGCUUCUCCCUCUCUGUACCCUGUCAUGCCCUUGCCCGAGCUCUGCCUCUGCUCACAGUUUGUCUGAGASUGAUAGUGGAUUAAGCUGAAGUUCUUAGGCGGGAUCCCAGCUGAUCCAGUGCAGCAGCUUCUCACUUGCAGCUUUCYGAGGCUGUUGGUCUCAUUUAUCCUGGCAGGCGACCUCUUCCAUAUCUCUCUGUAUAACGAUGUAGCAUAACACAAGCUUAGCUCAAUUUCUCUAAUGUGGAGCUGAAAAUGAAUUAAAAGWUUUUUUAGUCAUCUUUUCCUCAUGCUAAAAGAACAACAGCCCUCCACCCCAYUCCUUACCACCCGACUCCUUACCACCCCAAGAAGUGAAUUCUGUCUGGACACAUUUAGCAUGUAGGUCAAAUAAGUGAUACUAAUUCCCCGUUSGGAGGGAUUUCCACAGAGUAUACGGGCUCUAGAUUUUAGCUAAUGCCAAGAGGCCAUCGCACAAAGCCCACGCAGCUAAGAACAGAAGCAUAUGGAGUAUUUUUAUACUCUUGGUGACUAAAAUAUUCCUUUCUCAAGUCACUAAUUAGAAAGGGAACAUUUUGUAUUUUGAAGGUGAAAUGGUAGGUCAGUACUUGCAAACUACAGAAGUUAUAUUAGCCUAUAUAUGUAGCACAGGGCUAUGAUGUUGCUGCUUUGCACGAUAGCGUUAAGGAGAAAUGCCUUUGGGGGCUGUAAAGAUGAACUGCCUUAUAUAAUGAUGCAUUUACAAAUAAGACAGAAGGAUACGGCCCGAAUAUUGUAGCUUUCUUAUGUCUGUGACGUGGCCGUACUAGGGACUGCACCCUCAGCAUCUCCUUGCUUGUACUGAGUUGCUUCGGCACAGAGCAGGGCUGGGAGAUCCUGGGCCUGAAGGUGGAAUUUCCAUUUGUGUUUCUGGUUUUCGUGUUGAACCUUCUCUGCUUUACUGAGCUSUAGACCUGAGCUGCCUCCCUGCUUGGAAGAGGGUGCAUCUUCCAGGAAACUCGCUUGCCGUGUUGUUGGUUGAAUGGUGGUGAAGUUACUCCCAGUCAUCUCAGAAUAACCAUAAAGCUCGUGCCCGUACUUUUCCUCUAAGAGCUUGAACUGAAUAGGUGAGAAGAAAACAUGGGAGAGCUGGAUUUUAUAGAUGCCCCUUACAGAAAAGAUGAAAGGAGAGGCAGAAGAAGGUACUCUUGAAAGGACAGAGAGACUUCUCAGUUUGUCAUUUCUUAAAUUGGGAAUAAUGGUCUUUUUCAUUAAUUCCGCCCCCCUGUUUUUAUCUUCUUUUUCCCCUUGCUCUUUAACACUAUGCAGUCCUUUCUAUGUAAAAUGAACGUCUGUCUGACUUUUAUAAUAUACUCCAUUCUCCUUUCCAACAUAGAUAAAGAAAAGAAUAUUCAAUCUUUAGCAGCCCAUAAUAGGGGAGUGGAGGGAAGA